UUCGUAUAACGGAGCUGCAGAAAAACCUCCGGCCCCUGCAGCUGCUGUCGGAGCCGGUUCAUCAGGCGCUGAUGCUCGGUGUCCGUCCGCCGGAGCUCCAGCACCGCGGCCGGUUGGACAGCGACCGCAGCGUCCUCAGCAUCACCGCGGCUCUGCCAAUCAGAGCGCGGCUCGGGGCAGAUUAACCCAAACAGCCCCGGUGCUGAUGCUCCGGUGUGUAGUGUGUGCGCGUGUAGUGUGUGUGUGUGUGUGUGUGUGUGUGUGCGUGUGUUUGUGUGUGUGCGUGUAGUAUCAGCCUCGGAAACAAGCUCGCACCUCUGAUCCUCGUGGACCCGGUGUGAGAUGGAGGAACUGCUCGGUUCAAAAUCAACCAGAGAUCCAUGAUUUAGAUUCAGCUUUUACUGAAGGAGCGUCAGGCGGGAGAUGGAUGCCUCGAUUGCAGGAGAGAGCACGGAUGCGAUAUUGAUGGAUGAUUCUCCCACAGACGAGAGGGGGGUCCGGGAGGCUUGUCAAAGCGAGAUCCCGGUGGUUUCUCUGUGCCCUCCUGACAGCGUCUGCUCUGCCGAGGCCCCGCUGACAGUCAUCCAGUCUGAGGGGGAGCUGUGCGACAGCUGCAGCAGCCUCGGCAGACCCUCGUCCUCCUGCCAGCUCUAUCAAGUACCACAGGGUCUUAGAGCCGGCGCCUAUAACUCACCACAGCACCAGAAAUGCCCCCACUGCAGCCGUCACGGGCCGUGCCAAGACUGUCACUCAAACACAACAGGUCCCGGUGGUGAAGGAGGUGUGGUGGUGAAAGUGGGACACGGCUGCAGCUCUGCUCAUCCGACGUCAGGUCGCGGCGCUGUCAGAUGCCACUGGCUGCACGGCUCGAAUGAAGGCGGCACGCAGAAGCCAACACAGCGGCACGUGGUGACAGUGAGGGAUGGAGGACUCUACUGCUUCCUCAGAAAUUAUUCCCAGGUGAUAGUGGACUACCCGUUGGCAGUGCUGGUGGGUUGUGCUGUGCUGCUGCUGUGCUGCUCAUUGGCCGGACUUUUCAUUGGUCCACUGCCCGACUUCUCUGACCCACUGCUGGGUUUCGAGCCACGGGGAACGUAUAUCGGAGUCCGUCAGUCCACUUUGACCAAGCUGCAGGAGAACACAGGCCCGGGGAAAACUCUGUCUCCUCUACCUCAGCAGCUCAGUAAAAGUUUUGGGGCCGAUGUCGAUGGAGACAGCAGCGGUGGACAAGACACCUCCAGACUUCGCUUCAAGAGGAUGUUAGCCAGAGACUCGUCCCCGGACUCCUUCCCCUGCGACGCUCCAGGCGAGCGUUUGGCCCAGCUGGUCUUCAGAUCAGAAAACUCAGCCAGUCUCUGGAGCCUGAAGGCCAUCCACGCCAUGUGCGAGAUGGAGCAGUCCAGGAUUCGCUCCCAGGCUCAGUUCCAGGACCUGUGCCAGCAGCAUGUGAGGGUGGAGGCUGAGGGAACAUCCAGGAGCGGCUGUUGUCCGAGCUGGUCUCUGGGGAAUUACUUGGCUGUCCUCACUAAUGCUUCCUGCUGUCUCAGCCUCACCUCACACCAGGUUUCUGAGUCUCUGAACCUGCUACGGAAGUGUGCUCCUCACUAUCACGAAGGGCAUCUGGUGGAAGCCUGCGUCGACAGACCCAAGCACGGCGGCUGUUCCUCCGUCCCGUCCCGCUGCAGACAGUCCCGCAUGGUGUUCCAGAUCCUGCACUUUCUGGUCGAUAAAGACUUCCUCAGCCCGCAGACUGUUGAAUACCAAAUCCCAACGCUGAAGUACAGCCUUCUGUUCUUACCUGUCAACAAAGGGGAGCACAUGAUGGAGAUCUACAUGAACAGCCUUGAAGGCCGGGAUCUGACCCACAAUAACACCACGAUCACCGGCAUGGACUUUGGCAUCAAGCAGACGCUGUUCAAGCAUUACCUUGCAAGAGAUUCAGUUUAUCCUGUCCUAGCUGUUCUCUGCCUUCUUUUUACUAUGGCUCUUUAUCUCCACUCGCUCUUCAUAGUAGCUUUAUCUGUAAUAGCAAUCAUAGGCUCACUCCUAACCUCUUAUUUCUUCUACAAAGUAGCAUUUCGCCUGACUUUCUUUCCCCUGGUCAACCUCUCUGCAGCUCUUAUCCUCUUAGGAAGUAGCUCCAAUCAGGUUUUUAUCUUUGCAGAUUUCUGGCAAAUGCAGCUGUCCCAGAACCCCCCUGCCUCCCUGGAGAAGAGAGUGCACAGAUCUUUGCAGGAAGUCGGCUAUUUGAUUUUAGCAUCCGGUUUGACCUCCACCGCAGCGUUUUUCUCCGGCUAUCUCAGCAGCAUCACAGCAAUCAGAUGUUUCGCUGUUUAUCUCGGAACUGCCUCUUUCAUCAGCUCCCUCCUGGCCCUGGUGUGGCUGCCGUGCUCCUUCGUUCUGCGGGAGCGCUACACAAAGGCGUCCUCUGCAUCUCUAGCAGUGCAGGGAUGGAAACCAUGCUGCGCCAAGAAUCCCGGCGGCUUCUGGGAAACGAGCUCCCGCAAGAGAUGCCUCUUUAAUCUUGGCCAGAAGCUGAGGGAAUUGAGACGAGGGCUCGCGGACACUUCAAAUUUGUUAUUUCUGAAAAUCUUACCUUGUGGAGUGGUGAAGUUCAGGUACAUCUGGGUGUGCUGGUUUGCUGUGCUUGCUGCUGGGGGCACAUACAUGUCCUGCAUUGAUCCAGGCAUGAAGCUGCCCACCUUAGAAAGCAAGGUCAGCCAGCUCUUCCGCUCCAGUCACCCGUUUGAGAGGUACGACGCAGAGUAUCGCCACAUGUUUAUGUUUCAGAGACAGAGAAAUGGCGAAGAUAAGCCUGUAACAUUAACGCUUGUUUGGGGGGUCAAACCAACAGAUAACGGGGAUCACUUUGACCCUAAUAGCAAUGGCUCUAUGGUACUUGACCCAGACUUUAACAUGAGCCGACCAGACGCUCAGAUCUGGUUAAGAGACCUGUGUGGAAGGGUCCAGAACCAAAGCUUUUAUUCCUCUCCAUCACCGGAGGAUAGAAAUGCAAUGACAGACAAUAUCUGUCUCGUGGAGCAGCUAAUUCACUGGGUGUCCGUCAGACGGUGCUCAGAGAGUGACGACGCCCUUCACUUCUGCUGCAAAGACAUCCCUUUCCCCUACCCACCCAGCGUUUUUGAGAACUGCCUCAGUAUGAUGCUGGCAGAGAGGUAUGCCGAGGGCCAUCUGGCCCACAGCGGAGGCCUGUACUUCCAGCCAGAUGGCAGGGUCGCUGCCCUCGUGUUGGCAUUCACGACCACAUACCUCUACAGCUUCAACUAUAGCAGAACCAGUGUUUUUUACAGAGAAAUCCUGACAUGGUUUAACAGAGAAAUAUCAGGAGCGCCACAGGGGCUGGAGAACGUCUGGUUCAUCAGUCAGCUGUCUCUUUAUGAUCUACAACAGUCCUUAAGCUCAGAGACUCUGGUAGUCGCUGGCUUCUCUGUAGCUCUGACUUUUCUUUUUCUUUUUCUAACCACCUGGAAUAUCCCACUGAGCAUUUACGGGACUGUAGCUGUAGGAGGCAGUGUGUUCGUAACAGUCGGCCUCCUGGUUCUCCUUGAAUGGCAGCUGAGCGGCAUCGAGGCUCUGUUUAUAUCAUCGGCAGCAGGACUGUCUGUGGACUCUAUAGCCGACUACUGCAUAUCGUAUAGCAUGGCUCCUCAUUCGGACAAAAUUGGGAAAGUGGCACACUCCACCAAACGAAUGGGACGACCUGUAGCAAUAGUGUCUGGUGCAUUUUUCUCCAUGGGGAUCAUCAUGUUGCCUGCCACGGCCUUGCUGUUCAGAAAACUGGGGAUUUUCCUGUUUUUGGUGAAAUGUGUAGCUUGUGGAUUUGCGACGUUCUUUUUUCAGUCCCUGUGCUGCUUUUUCGGACCUAAAACAAACUGUGGGAAGAUCUCUCUGCCGUGUUUUUCAGAUCAGACUGACGGGCUGUCGUCGGCAACAGAACCUGGUUCCUCCUCUGCAGCAAACGGAGCCUUUGGCAGAUCUAGAGUGAGGAGGAGUUAUGAUAAAGAAGCAGGUGGCUAUCUCUACCCCAACCAGCAGCGUCAGCACAGACAGAAUCAGACCGGAGGAAGAGGGGGCAGAGGUCCGGAGCAAUACGAGCUGCAGCCGCUGGCUUAUCGGCUGAGCGACAGCUUUGAGAACAGCACCUGCACCAGUAAACUGUCCAACCGGCCCUCAGUGCUCUCUGAUGAGAUUGAGUAUUGUGACAGAGAUGUAAGAAAUAGCAUGGAUGGGGAGAGUGACGAGACGAGCAGCCGUCAACCACCUCCGGCCUUCCAGACUUCAUCACCUUACAAAGAAAACACCCUGCGGCCUGGAGGGCUGCCACAAGAGGACCUCGCUAAGGACAAGGAGAUGUGUGAGACAUGCAGAGGUCAGUCUGGUGGGGUGACACACUGGGGCAAUACAUCCUUCUCCUCAUCUUCCAGCAUACAGGAGACUGUAAUCAGCCACACACUGGAGACCACUGACCAGCCAUCUUUCUGCAAAGACGACCAAACCUCAGAGGAGUGUCUCCACUACCCCUCCCACAAAAGGCACCUCUCCUCUCAGUCCCAGAGCUCCUGUGAGGGUCUGGAGGAUUCCUGUGAAACGUGCCUCAGUGACAUCGAGCCCGGGCCUUCGAACAUGCAGCAACACGAAGGAGACGCUCAGUUACAACCAGGGUACCUGAACGGAAAGAGAGAUACGCUACGUCUCUCACUGAAGGAAACUGUUUACGAAACGGGUAAAAAGGGCCGCAGCAGUCAGAGUGAAGACGCGGUUAUUUUACCCAACAGUAAGCCAGACCUACCAGAUGUGUGGAUAAAGAGAGGUGGAAAACGGGAGGAUACAUGUUGAGCAAAGUUGGAGGCGUCUUUACAAACGCUGUGCGUUGAAUGCUCUGCCUUUAUAGUAGAAGGAACAAAUGAGCAUAUAGAAGUUAAAAAAGAAGUGUACACUGUUACUUUUGUAUAACAGUGAACGGAAAUAUAAGCCAACUGCAAAUGUAAAAAUGUGAAAGAUUUUUGCAUCUAAUGUUGCAUCUAAGGUUUUCAGUUUUUGCUACAAAUGAGGUCAAAGCAUGAGUGUUCCUUCUGUGAAAUGGUCAAAUCAAAGCAUGGCUUGCUCAACGUGGCAUUUCCAGAAAGACAAAUGUUUUUUUCUGCCACAUAUUCUCACUAAUGUCUCUCUACAGUAGCCACAGUGUGUUGUCAACAUGAGCACUGCACCUGCUGCUGCAGAAUUUACUUAGUGCCUGGAAAUUUUUAACAUAUGCACCUGCACACUCGGCACAGACUGGGUAAUCGACAAAUAACAGUGUCAUGUGUGUGCAGCUGCUGGCCUUUCUCCAUGGUGGUAUUGACCUAAAUAAGCCAUACAUUCAUGGACUUAACAAUAAAAGAUACAUGUACAGUAGAGAAAAAUAGGUGCUUUACUGUACGUGAGUCUGUGGGGGAAGAAUCAAUCAUUAUCACAUGUAGAGUAGCAAACAACAGUCGGUUGAUUUUGCACUUUGUGACAAUAUGUACCGAAGGUCCUUUGUUACAAUGAAGCAGGAACAUGUCAUUUGUGGCGUCACGGCUUGAAUUGCAUUAAAUGUUUGACUGUCAAGUUAAGUCUUUUUGUUUAUAUGUCAGUGCCAAACAUUUUUACGUUUACUUCCUGUACUGAUUCUAAAGAGGCAUCGUGGUUUGCAAGGCUGCUUUCAGACAUGCAGGGGAGUUCGGACAUUUUGCUGAAAGUUGUUCAUGUCUGAAACACUAUAUUGUGGUUUAAUACACUGUUGGGUGCAUACUGUUCCUGGAUCUGUGGAUGUCAGCACUUGCCUUAGCCUUUGUAAUAAAGCAGGGGUGGGCUCUAAUUUCAAUUUCCAAUGCAGUAGCUGUACCAUCACAUAGGACCAGUGCUUCAAACCAUAAUUUGUACAUAAACCUUGCUGCAGCACUCUUAAGAGGCAAUUACCAUUUAGAACAGAAUGCCUUUAUCUACAUCAGCACCCCACAGCUGAGAUGUCACAUUACAAGUCUCAUUGUACCCCCUCAUUGUACCCCCCCAUUUCAAUAAGGGUAUUUAUGACAUGAGCAGCAUGUGCCAAAUGUCUAUCAACAGGUUGUUUUAUAAGCUAAAACAAAUGUCUGUGAUUUGUGCAAAAGAUGUCUUUUUAAAAAUAAUAAGAUGUUUCUAUGAUAGUAAAUAUGAUGUUGAGUGUAAAAGUGGUGUCGGAGGUGCAGUGUUGUUCCUGGAGCUUCAAUAAGGAGAGAUUUAUAUGAAAUGUGCCUGUGAGCAGGUUAUUUUAGAGCUUUCUCGCUGUAAGAUGUGUUUUCUUUUAGAAUCUUGUGACAAUUCUUUAACAAGCUCCGCAGAAGAAUCUGCAUUCCAGAUAAAUGAAGUCGAUCACAGACUUUCAAUGAAGAGAAGAAAAAGGAAAAAGUUGCCACCACUGUUUUCACAAAGCUGAAAUAAAAUGAAUCAUUUAUUUUCCUGCA